GCCGUUCCGUCGUCAAAUAAAUGAAUGUGUUUCAACGUAUAAAUAAACGCUCCUCUCCUUUCCUUCCACUUUCUCAUUCAGUCAUUCCAAUAAAAACAAUACUCCCUUAACUCCACCAAUGUCAUCAAUUUCCUCUUCUUAUUCAAACCCUAACCCUAAUUUCUCUGAACCUUUAACUUCAACCAAAUUCAAUCGCAAAAGGAAAAAUAAUCGGAACAGGAAGAAGAAGAAUAAGAAAAUUCCGAAAUGGUUAGAGCUUCCAGAAGACAUUUGGUCCUUGAUUUUGUCGAAAUUAAACACAAUUUACAUAAUCGAAAAUGUCCAGAAUGUUUGCAUGUUAUUCCGCAAGCUCUGCAAACAACCUUCGUUGUUCAAGGUCGUUGACAUGACACUUCCAGAUGCUUAUAUGCACUUGGACUUUGACGCUAAUGUUCUGACUCGCUUCAUUGUUGAUCGAAGUUGUGGUUCUAUUGUUGAUAUCUUUUUGGAGCAUCUUUGUGAUGAUGAUACUUUGAUGUACAUUGUUGAAAGGUCGAAGAAUCUAAAGCAUCUUCGAUUAUGGCACUAUAUUCGUAUUUCUGACGAGGGACUGGUUGAAGCUGUAAAGAGGCUCCCAGCGCUUGAGGAAGUGGAGCUCAUAAUGUGUAAAUUCUGUGAUGAUACUAUUGAAGCUAUUGGCCACAUCUUCCCUUCACUGAAAACAUUUAGCUUAAAUGACGUUGGCUCUAAAACUUUUGACUUUACUUGCAAUGAAGAAGCACUAGCUAUUGGUAAAAGCAUGCCUAAUCUGCGCAAUCUUCAACUAAUUGGGAACCAUAUGACAAAUGAAGGGUUGGAAGCAAUUCUUGAUGGAUGUACUCUUCUUGAAUCCCUUGAUUUACGUGCAUGUUUCUACAUUGAUUUAUCAGGAGAUUUGGGUAAAAGAUGUGAAGGUAUUAUGCACUUGCGGCUAUCUUAUGACUCCAUGGCAGAUUAUAGCUACCAAGCUUUUACUAAUUCAGAACAGCGUCUGUCGUGAUCACAAGUUGAGCAAUCCGUACAGUGAGUAUGAUUCUGAUUAUGAGAUUAGUGGCUAUUUUGGAGGCUAUCCAGACUACCAUGACUACAACGAUGAUUAUGAUGAUCUCCCGCUCGAUUUCUAUGCUCAGUUUUAUGGUGCUAAUCUCGUAGACUAUGAACCCUCUGACUGAUUUUUCAGCUCUUUUUCCGCCUUGCUGAGUCUACAAUCAUGUUGUUUGCCGGAUUGUCUCAGGUUGAUUUUGCGGUGAAUCGGGAUUGCAUGCCAGUGACUUUUCUGCUCUUUUACUUAUUGAAUCUGUUUUUAUUCACUUAAAUAAAUAUACAAUUUUAUUGUUUCCUACAUUCUCUUGUUUGUAGGAACUAGAGAGUGGUUAAUGGAGUACUUUUUUCUCAGAAUAUAUUUGUGUUUCUUUA